GCAGACAGUACAGGAGAUGACCAGAGACUGCGGACACAGUACAGGAGAUGACCAGAGACUGCGGACACAGUACAGGAGAUGACCAGAGACUGCGGACACAGUACAGGAGAUGACCAGAGACUGCGGACACAGUACAGGAGAUGACCAGAGACUGCGGACACAGUACAGGAGAUGACCAGAGACUGCGGACAGUACAGGAGAUGACCAGAGACUGCGGACACAGUGCAGGGGAUGACCAGAGACUGCGGACCCAGUGCAGG